UACCGUAUCCGAGUACCGGUAUUUCGUAGCCUGAAGGCAUUUUGAUGGUGGACUUGAUGUUGAACGCCAUCUUCGCUGGAGUGGCAAACGCUCGCUUUUGUAAAGGUGACACUUGGCUGUAUAACAGAUGUAGUCGACAAGAGGCUCGCAUGCCGUUCGACUACCGUUCUUUUGAAUAGUCUUUGACCUGCACGAAAUGAAGCGAUUGCGGCAAUGGUUCAUGUACAUAGAUUGCAUCAUUGGCCAGUGACAGUGGCCCAAGCUUGGAUAUGCACCUUAUUCAAGCAUCUCAGCGCCAUCCCCGCCCACGACUGAAGCUUUACCGUAUUGUAUUCCCAAUCGGUACACAGCAUGCGUUUGGUGAGGCAGAAUAUCGAGCGCAAAGAUGGCUCGGGCAGCGCCACCCUCCUGCCGGAAGAGCCCGAGGACAUGUGGCACGCAUACAAUCUUAUAAGACCUACAGACCUUCUCCGUGCUUCUGCGGUGCGAAAGAUCAUCAAUGAGUCGGCCUCUGGUAGCCGCUCAAAUGAGCGUGUGCACAUUACCUUGACCAUUCGAGUCACCAAACUGGACUUUGAUCCACAGGCGGCACAACUACAUGUGUCUGGCCGAGUAGCGGAAGAGAACAAGCACGUCAAGCUGGGCAGCUUUCACACUUUGGACUUGGAGUUGCAGCGUAACUUCACUCUCGAGAAGGCAGAUGGCUGGGAUAGCGUAGCACUGGACACCCUCAAAGAGUCCGUAAAUCAAGAUGCAAAGGCGCAGCUGUGGGCGGUCAUUAUGCAAGAGGGUCUGGCGAACAUCUGCUUGAUCACGGAGUAUCAGACAAUCCUUCGACAGCGUAUAGACGUGCAGCUUCCGAAGAAGCGCGCAGGCUCGACCGACCAUGAGAAGAGGGUAGAUCGUUUCUAUCAAACAACUUUCGACUCCCUUCUGCGGCAGGUCGAUUUAGCAGACCCCAAGCCAGUUGUGAUAGCAAGUCCGGGGUAUACAGCCAGCAGUUUCCAGCAAUACAUCAAAGUUCAGGCUACUACAGGUAGCAACAAGCAGGUGCAGCAGCUCGUGCCGAAGCUUAUCAUAGCGCACUCGGCGUCAGGGCAUCUGCAUAGCCUGGCUGAAGUAUUGAGCAAUCCAGCAGUGACCAGCAAGCUCAGCGACACGAAGUUUGCAAGGGAGUCGCAGCUGGUGGACCGCUUCUUCGAACUGAUCCGCAAAGACGAUGCACGGGCGUGGUAUGGACCGCGCGAAUGUGAGGCGGCUGUCGACCGAGGCGCGGUCGGCCAAGGCGGAGGGACGUUACUUAUCUCGAACUCGCUGUUUCGGAGCCAGAACAUCCAGACGCGCAAGCGCUGGGUUAAGCUGGUGGAUGAAGUCAAGGCACAGGGGGGUGAGGUUCGAGUGCUGAGCAGUAUGCAUGAUAGCGGGAGGAGGCUGGAAGGCCUUGGAGGCAUUGCUGCCAUCCUGACUUACCCUAUCGAGGACCUCGACAAUGCCAUUGGCGACGAAGUUGACGAAGCCGCCGAAACGGCGGAUGUGCAGGAUACGAACGGUGGCCACGUCAACGGUGCGGAAAGCGACCUGCAAGAAGCAAAGGUGGACUUCUUGUGAGACUGGGGGCUCACUUCAACCCUCCCAAAGUCGCCGCCAAUGCUUUGUGGCCACUGACCGUCUAUAGCUUGUCGGCUCUAAGACAGGUCGACUGGUCUCGUUUGACGGCUGAGCUUGAGAAAGAGGCACUCGAUCGCGACGAUGCCUGUAUGAGGGCGGCCAAAUGCUGCCUCCGUUCAGCUGAGCGGGCUGUAUGCAGAAAUGGUUGGAAGACAGAAGCUGAGUUCUAGCCCUCCGGUGGCACCAAGUUUCCCAAUCUCAUAUGUCGCGCU